UGUACUUUUAAAAGACUUAAAGUGAAAAUUUUCUGUUGAAAUUCCUAUAGCAGCUCUUAAGAUCCUUAAGAGUGCGCCACUUUACUUAUAGUAAUCUCAAUGAUGGAAUCAAGAGCGUUAUAAGUAAAAAAGAAGAUUUUUGGUUUUAUAGUUCUUUACUUAAGGAAUUCUACUAAGAAAAAAUUGCUUCUUGGGUGUUUCAUUUGACGUUUAUUCGGUUUCAACGGUUCUUGCACGCCUCUGAUAUAGAUCAUGUAAGGGAACGUUGGGAAUUUAGGUGUGAAAUCCUUUAUAAGACCGCUUUACCUAUUUUUCAGUACUUUUCUAGGAACCAAAAGAAUCACGUCCUGUAUAUUCCGUUCUGACAUGUGAUACCAGUUUAAUGAACUAAGGAGCCUUAUACGUAUUCCUUUCCUACUUCGAGGUCUGUCCAUUGAGUUUAAUUCAUCAGGUAAUUUACAAUAGAUGAGAUAGAGGAAUUUCACGCAAAGCCGAGGUGAGAUACCAAAUACAAAUAUUUCCACAUUUUGUAAAUGAAACCAUCCCACAAAUUGUGGCAGCUUUCUGUCUCACUCGUGUCUGAAAAACUAGACCGCGCUUUUAUCUAAGUGUUGCUCAAUGAUGAAAUUUUGAUUAAGCUCAUUAACAAGGUUCGUCUGCUCUCAAUCCUUCAUGAUAGGGCUGAAAAUUAUGGGAUAACCCCCUGCCUCUGAGAUUCUUAUCCGAAGUAUCAUCAUGGAUUGUGAACAUAGAACGGAAUAUAACUGUUAUGGCUUAGUAUGUGUUUGAAGAGAUCUUUCAUAAUGUGGUAUCGUGGUGUGUAAAACAGGGCAUUUUGACCGGAAGUAGAAAUUACACAAGUGUGAUGUCUAUGAUUUGCAAUAGUCCAUAUGGGGUCUGUCUAUGUUUCACCCUAAAUGGAUCAAGAGGGGUGCUUGGACCACGUUUUUAAAAGAGGUACCUUCAAGGUGAUGGGCUUUUUGUGAAUGAAAGAAGGUACGUGACUGAGGAGUGCGGCAUUUGCAUGAUUUAUUCCAUUUGGCCGAAGUGGGCUUGCAUCAGCAAACUGGCCGGAUAUGAUCGAAUCGUCCACAUAUGUCGGAAGUUGAAGAUCCGGUCAGGAAGAGUCGAAUGAAUUGUGUACACAUUGUGUGAAUUGUAAUUGGAGUCUGUUGCUGAGUUUAUGGUAGGAUUGGUUAAGUCAGUUGUAUCCUUUUUGGCUGAAAGUGUCCCGUGGAAGUUGUGAACUGCGUACCCGCCACGUGGCCAUUCUGUUCCCUAAAACAUAUGCAUCCGACGCCAUAUAUUCCUCCCGUCCUGCAGCACCACACUCGCCAACAUAUCAAUAAACUAAUUUUAUGCUCUCGCAUGUUUCAUGAAUAGUGAGCAUUCAUGGCACGUUCAUGAACAUUCCUCCCGCCUUGCCCAUCCUGCACUUCAUCCAACAUCUUACUAAUUUUUACAACACACACAGGCCCAAAAGGCCCCUAUUCUACCCACUUGGGCUGGAAUGAGAUGGGGCUAUUGGGAUGGCUGAUGUGAGGGAAUGGGAUAGAUGAUGAUCCAAGAGCUGUGAUUUUUCGUUGAUGAAGCUUCAAUGUAACGGAUUUAAGUCAACUUUUCGAUACAGGCUUCUGGGAUAGAUCGGCUGCGGGAGGUGUGUGGUGGGGAAGUUUUAUUCACGAUCCGAGACGUGUUAUUUUUUUUUUUUUGUCAUCGAUGAUCGAAGAAGAAGGAGAAACGUGGCCAAACAUUAAUCUCUCUGCAUACAUGAGAAUCUUGCAUCUCUCUCACACCUUCAAUUCAACUUUCAGCAGUUCGAUCAGAUCCGAAUGGUACCCGAAGGUACUUCGGCUCGAUCACUACCACUGCAGCACGAUCGGCUCGAUCGGCUGCUAACAUCGUGCCAUCUCGCUUCGGCGAUUGGCGUUGGUUGAGCACAGAGCGGAGAGGUGAAGAAAAGAGCCAAAUCGCCUCUCCCUAUAAAAUACUCCAUUCAUUAUGGCUGCUUCAUUCAUAAAAACCUUCAAGCCACUAGAGGCGCUUUUUAUCGAAUCACUUCUCAAUCUCACUCGGUUGUGUGUAUGUGUGUUCGAUGGUGAACUUGCUAGGCUUUCAAUGUAUGUGUAAAGCAUAGGCUUUAGGAGUAUUUGUACGUAUUGGGGUACCGCCUCUCCUCUUACUGCGCAUGCUAACACCCUCUCCUGCAGAAAUCCAUCUCCCUCACUCACACCACAACACCAACACCAACACAUCUCACUGCCUAAACUGUGUCGAGCUGUUCCGAAUGGAACAUUUAUCAGUCGUUUGAGGAAUUUCUCUAGAGACGGACCGCACUACCGCAGUGUUCCGUGAUUAUUUUUCCUCAUACUUGUGCUGGCACUAUAAGUUUACUAAAAAAAGAAAAGUAGAGAAAAAAAACAAGAAAAUCAAGGAAAGAAACGAUAAUUUUUCGGAAGGAAAACUUUUGUAGUGUAAAACUCCUUCAAUCUUCCUACAAUUCUGUUUCCGGAACAACAAAACGUUUUUUAUUUUUCAUCCUACAAAGCCCCCUUCUACUGUGCUAUCUUGAAAGGAAAUUGAAUUUUUUCCAAAGUGUGAACCCAGUGAUUUUGUUUUUGGUGAACAACUUGGAGAACUAGUGUUGCAAAACAGCCUAAGAAAUUAUUUUUUUGAAGUUUUUCUGACCAUUUUUGUUGUUGGCGAAUGGGUAGAUGGUGAUGUGCUAGUGAAGUUGUGCUUCAAAACGAAUUAACCGAGAUCAACGACAAUCGAUCGACAAGCCCCAGGAUAGUUGUGCAAAAAUCCCGAAAGAAAUUUCACAAAGUUUUUCAGUGUGACAACAAUUUUGCAAAAGGAUUGUUGUUAGUCAGCAGAAAAUGUGAACGAAAUUGUGGUUACGUUUUUUUUUCUUAAAAAAAAGUCUUUGGCUAAAGAAAAGAAAAUGGUGUUAACCGGAGGUGAAGAGAAAUUGGUUUAAAACAGAGGCCGUAGAAACAAGUACAAGUUGAUUUUUAUUGAAGUUGUUUUUUUUGGUUUUGAGAAAUGAAAAAAGAGAGUUCUGAAAGAAAAAAAGGAAGUGUUCAUAGUUGUGCCAUAGCGUUUUAUUGAAAGAUGUGUUGCCACUUAUGGCCAAACCUUGGAUUAAUUUUGGAUACAUUUCUUCAUCAGCAUCAUUCGUCUUUUUGGAUUACCAGAUAUCACACCUAAUUGCUUUUCAACACAAAUAAGGCGAUUACGAGAGUAAAGGAUGACGGAUCUUGGAGGACCCCGGCUGAUGCUCCGAGGCCGUUAGUUUUAGCUACAUGGAUCGCAAAAAUGGCGGCGAUCCUCUGGCGCCUCCCCGGCCCCCUAAAUCAAUACCCCGAGUCCAUCGCCCCAGGGCCCCCGAGCCGCCGAUGAUGAGCGCACCGCUAAUCGGUGGAGCUCAGCACCCAACAGCAGCACCGCUGCCUCCGCGCCAGCCAGCGGCGGCUGUCCCGCCCCCGCCGCUGCGACCUCUACCGGCGCCAGCGGCCGCCCCCACGACAGCCCCUCUGGCGCCACUCCAGUCAAGUAUUACGUUCUCGCGACGAAGGCCACCGGCGACGGCGGCCCCGUCACAGGGCGGCGGGACGACAUUCCCGCACCUCGGCGGCACCACAGAGCCGCCAUCCGCAGUCACUCUGGCGGCCCCACGGCCUGAGAACGAACGGCUCGCCAAUGAGUACGUGGACACGCCUUUCCGGAAUAGUGGGCCACCUGUGGCCCAUAUCCAGUCCGCCACCCGCCAACACACAGCACCCGCAGCGACUGAGUCACCCCUUCUGGCAGCCCAGAGGCAUCCCAACGCUGUGCCGGCUCAAUCGCCGGGCGCCAAGCUUUCACCUGUCUUUCUGCCGGCGCAUUCAACACAGAGGCCGACUCUGCCGGCCGUCAUCACCAAGCAGCCGGUCUCCUUUACCAAGGAGCUACCGUCUGCGGCCCUGCAUGAGGACGUGGACAUCCACCCGUCCAACGGGGACUCCCUCAACUCCAUCACGUGUCCUCAGUGCAACAGAUGCCGCUGCGAAGAAUGCCAGCGGCCGCGACAGCUACCGUCGCGGUGGGUGUGCGACAAGACGUGCCUCUGCAGCGCCGAGACUGUCAUUGACUAUGCCUCGUGCUUAUGCUGCGUAAAGGCUCUAUACUACCACUGCUCCAAGGACCACGAAAUGGACAACGGCGAGGGCGACAGUAUAUCCUGUGCCGAUGAUCCCUGCUCGUGCCUACCCCAUCGGAGGCCAACGCGAUGGGGCUGCCUGGCGGCUCUGUCGCUGGUGCUGCCCUGCCUCUGGUGCUACUGGCCGAUGCGUGGGUGCGUGGCGGCGUGUGCUAAAUGCUAUGCACGUCACGCACGCCACGGCUGCCGCUGUCCGCGCGGCAAAGCGCAUUCCAGCGCCAUCAGUUCCCUGGUGAGCCUCGUGGGUACUACAGGGGGCGGGGGCCGAGGAGAACCAACUGGAGGCAUCACAGCUCCAAGUGGUGUUAGUGGUAACAGUGUCAGUAGUGUCAUGGGCAAUGUCAGUAGAACUUUUAGUGCGUCGCGAAAUUGCGAUCUGACGCCAGAGAAGAGAUUGCUGGACUCGAGUCCCGAGUACUGAAAAACGGGGCGCAAAAAAAAAACACAAAACAAAAAAAAACAGACAGUGUCAAGUGGUGUGUGAAGGUUCUAAUGGACGUGGAUGGAGAUGGAGAAAUGCAGUGCAACACUGCGACAUCUUUCGUAAAUAUUUCCGUUCUUAACCCCCCGCUCCAACAUUAGCGCCAUCGGCAGGAAACAGGUACUAAGCUACUUUUCUUCUAACUUCGGCAAAAAAAAUAUAUAUUCUCCGGAACCUCCCAUGGAUCGGCAUAAUUUUUGUUUAUGUCGCGUGAGAGGACAUCUUGAAUUAAAGAUGUCACUCAUUCUACGUCAAAUCCAACCACUGUUAUUAGAGAGAGAUAGAGAUAACAAGAAAAUUGUCGUUGUCACUGCUGCCGUUUGGUGGCCAUAGAUUAACAAAAAAGAAAAAAAGAAUAGAAUUGAAAGUAAAAAAAAACAAAUUUUCAAAAAUCAACAUCAUUUCUCAACAUUCAUCCAACCAAAUCGGCAUCACUGAUGACAUAACAUUUAGUAACCAAAGACUGCAAAAGUUUGAUUGUAAUAAAUUUUUUUUCUUAGAAAUUUAUAUUUACUACAAUUUAAAUUUAAAAACAAAAAAAAAACAAAAGAAAAUAUAACGUUUAGUGAAUGCAUAACGAAUGAGAGGGACAUUGAUUGUGAGGUUAGAGUGAGGGAAGAAAAUCUUGUUAGUUUUUCUUAUUAAUUUCUCAAAUUUAAAAGAAAAAUGUCUAAAUUCGCUUGAUAUACAUAAAUUGUUUUUCGAAAGAAUAUAUUUUUGGGAUAAAUAUUUUUUGGCUUCAAAAUUUUGGCGUAUGAAUGGGGUUAUGGUUUGUUUAACAGAUUUGUUGAAAUUCAGAUAAAUUUUGCUAGGUUGUCACACGUGACAUCGUAUUGACAUAACUCUAAAUGGAAAGAGAUGACUAUAUGUUUUGAGGUAUAUCCGGCUCCUGAACAACUGAAAUGGUAAUCUGUCAGAUUGCGUUGAAAAUAGAGAAACUUGAGGAGAUUCUUAUAUUUCUCAUAACAAAUAAUCUUGUCAGUUUAACCUACAUGUUCACAAGUAACGAUUUCAAUGUGUAAAUCCAUUAGAAUACUCUGGUAAACGUCUAAAAGAACCCUUCUGCCCAAAUUUUCGAUGUUUUGACAAGUGCUCGAAGGAAAAAUUUUCGAUAUUCGAUAUAUUUACAAUACCGACUCAAAGGACCAAAAAAUCCACUUAUAAACACCGUCACCACUUACAGACAUCCUCUACCAUGAACACUGACUAAUUGGAUUAAAUUUACUAGAAAGGUCUAUUGUGCACUUAUUUUGACAGCAAAAAACCCUUGUGCAGAGUGAAGAUAGUUGCAUUUCAAUGCACCUAUGGCAACCCUUUCGCAACCAUUGAUGGCAAUCUCGCUAAAAAAUUUGAAUUUGAAUAAUCUCCCUAUUCCAGAGGAAUUCCGAGUAAUCUCUUUUUUUUGACACUUUUUGACACUAACUUUUUGACCCUAACACUUUUUCGCAGAUAAAAUGAAUAAAAUGAUAAAAUUCAAGUAAUGUCAUAAAAAGCGCCUUGUAACAGAAAAGCGGAGGAAACUUUAAUAAGAAUGGAUUAGUAAUUGCAAUGGCAAAUUAAUCUUCACUGAGAUUUCUAGCACUUGAAAUUCACUUCAAUUUGAUCUUUCUGUCACUUUUAAAAUUGCACAGAGUUCUCCGAGAUCCAGAUGAUAAGGACUGAAAAUGACAGAUAAAAGCUGAAAACCAAUGCGAGAAGAGUGAUUUUUUUUGACUUUCUCGUGUAUUUGACAGCUGUCACCUGAAUAUCGGAGAGCACUCUGUAUUAAGUAAAACAGAGUGGUGUUCAUUAAGCUAAAUUUAAAAUAGAAAAAUACCUGCGCUAGAAUAGAUGAGCUCUUGUUGAGUAAUACGAUCGUAUUUUUUAUUUUCCGAAUUAUCUAAAAAGCAAUUCGAGUAAUUUUCCAUGAGUGCCAACUGUUCUCUGGGCAAUUUUCUAGUAGUUUCCAGGUCUGCCAACAUGCAGAUAUGGAAACACUUCAGAAAGUUUUAUUAUUAAUCUUAUUUAUGACACAACGAUGAUGUUUGAAAAGCCUAAGGAAGUUAAUUGUGAACAGGUAGAAUGAUAAGCUUGACAGAUGUCAACAAUGGACAGUUCUUCUAUCCGGAUCUCUUAGUCAAACGGAAGUAUCAAAGAAGCAAUAUGGAGAAAUUUACAGUAUAGUUCCUCAAAUUUGAACAUUUGGGGGGUGUAGAUGACAUUUCACACUCCUCAAAUUUGAACGAUAUUUUCAAAAACAUAACGGAAUUCAUAUGAAAUGUACUUUCCCUAAAUUAAGAAAGAUAACUUUAGGGAAUAUAUCAAUGCAAUUUAUUGUUAAAGAAAAUGGAAUUUGUUGAGGAAGUUAAUAUAAUACGAUAAUAUUGAGGAAAUGAAAGAGAAAAAUGGUUUUAAUUCAGACUCCACGCAAAACUUUCUUCACAUAACCUCAAAUUUUACAUUUUGAACUCAACCUUCGUUCAAAUUUGAGGAGUUCAAAUUUGAGGAACUCGACUGUAAUAUGGUAAUGUCAAUACGAUCUCAUUGAAUGUGGUAACCCGAUUAGGAAUACUUUUGACAGAUACAAUAGCUCUUUGACAGCUGACUUUGACACAUUCCUCUGAUUUUUCCCGCGCAAAUUUCAUCGGAAUUUCUUUAGACUUGGCUCUUUCUCCCUUUUGCUAUUUUUUUCAUUUUUAUUUCAAAAUCCAACUGUUCCAUUUGCUAUGUCUAUUUUUCUACGAUGGGUCUUGGGCUCUCUUCUCCUUCAAAAUAUCUUUUCCGUCUCGAAUGCUGUUCACAUCUUUUCUUGUGAAUAGAAACUGGAAGAAGAAGAGAAGCAAACAACAACCAGAUGGUUGUCCGAUUUGAAUCUUUCUGAGAAAUUCUCGUUAGGAUUUUUUUAUUCAUCAUUUUUCUUAUGUCGUGUGUGUUUUUUUUUCCACCAUCGACCUCUCCUAUUUUACAAAUCCCAUGCAACUGAGAGAGAUCACAAGAGGAAGCACCCAGAGAAAUCCCAGAAAAAUUUUUAUUUCACAUUUUUUUUAACCUAUUGCUCUCGUCGUGCCUUGUAGAGGUUGGAUCGGUUGAAGGGAUUUUUUUGAUUUUUUUUUUUUUGGAAAAUGCCUCUUAAAAUCGGUUGCCACCUGUUCGAUGUCGGUUUUUGGUGAUUUAGAACGACAAAAAAAUGUGCAAAUUGCUAGUAAUGUUUCAAUUAAUGAGUUUGGAGAAUGGUGGUGAAAGGAGGAACGGUUCUUACUGGGAAAUUCAGUAAAUAAUGAAAUAUUUUUCCAAUUUUUCAUGACAAUGCCUAUACGCACAUUUGUGUCUCUCGUACACCAAAUCGUGGUUGGUGUUAUCAUGUUUUUUGUGCCCCGCUUCCAACCAAAUAGGUUAUCACAACAUUAAAUUAACGAAAUAAAUAAAUAUGUACAUGGUUGUAUAUUUAAAAGCACGAUGGCUUUUAAUAGAAACACCAAUUUAAAUAAAUACAUAAGGUUUACAAUAGCGUAAUGUGUGCGUAAAUCUCUUUUUUCGCCUUCAGCAUCUAAUCCUAUUCUCUAGCUAAAAUUACAAUAAACAUUCUCAAUUCCUCCUAUUUCAAUCCACACGGGAAAACGGGAAAAAUCAAUAAAUGGAAAAUGUGUUUUUUUUUGGUUUUUUUAAGAAAAAAAAAACAGCUAUCAGAGAAUCUAACUGCUAAAUCCCAUUGAAUGCGCUUUGCUGUAUGAAGUACUUUGACAGCUGUCAAUUUUAAAUUUCCGCAAAACCUGUCAAAGUAUUCGGAACAGAUGCGCCCUCACUGUGGUUUGGAUCUAAGAUAAAAAAGAGAAACUAUGAGAAAAAAUUGCGAAAAAGGUGUCGAAAAAAAAAACAUAGAACAUAGAAAUGAAAAACUAAGUCUUAAAGUAAACUACAUUUACUAUUUUAUACGAAAAACAAAAAGUUGCAACAAAAGAAAAAAAAUUGUGAAAAGGGUUGAAAAAUUGAAAAAAAAAAAAUAUCGAUAACGGAGAGAGGUGUUUUAAGAGAGAUAUAAAUAACGCAUAACUAAAUAUUCUUUAUAAAAUAUUUAUUUUUAAUGAAUUACUAAUUUAAUUAAUGACUUUUACUUGUAUAUUGGAUUUAUAUAUAUUUUGUAUAGUUUUUUUUUUUCACAAAAAUAUAAAGAAAAACAUUUCACUAAAAAAAAAUGCAAAAAAUACAGCACAAACACGUAAAUAUUUAAUUUAUUGCAACGGUGAGGAUAUUCGAAAGAAUACAAAAAAAUUACGGAGAAAUCCUACAGAUUUUUUUUAUUUUUAAAAAGCAUUUUAAAGAAAUGUCUUUUUUUAUAAAUAAAAUUUUCGUUGAAAAAAAUUGUAAUUAUGAAAAAUUAAAUUUUGGAAUUUUUUUUUUUGGAACAAAAGCACUUUCAUUAGGCAUGAACCAAUUUAUAGAAAUUAUAUUUGUUUUUUUUUUAAAUACAGAAAUGAAUUUUAUUCAUUUCGUUUGAGAUAAUGUGAAAAAGAAGGAAAUAGUGAAGAGAGAAAAGAAAAUAGAAUUUAAUUUCCAGUAUUAUCUAGUCGAAACAUUAUUAAUUGAGACUACAAUAAAGGGUAAUGAAAAAAAUGUUUUUUUUAUCAUUUACUAUAAAUGAUAUUUAAAGAUAAACAGAAGCAGGAGAUGUCAAUAAUUCUUUGGGGAUGCGAAAGUGAGAUGGACAGAAUUUGACAGAUGACAGAAAGUGUCGGUAUUAGUGAGGGUAAUUGUUUGACAAAUUGAAAGGAUAUUUCUUUUGACUAUAUUUUAUCGUUCCCCUGAAAACUCAAGUGCGCCUAUUUUUAGUAACUAUCAUCUAAGACGUGAUAGAAAUUGAUAAAAUACUUAAAGAAAAAGAAGAAUAAGUGUCUUGUGCUUUGACAUUUGGAAGUUUUGACAUAUCUGUCAAAGAUCCCUGCUAAAUGUCAUUAAAACGUCAUUUGCAUCAAGGUAUAACCUCCAAAUUUGACAGCACAUCUCAAUGAGCAUUAAAAAAAUAUUCCAUAAAAUAACUGAUAUUAGAAAUGAAACAAACAAAAAAUAUUGUUACUCCAAUGCUAUAGGAAAAAAGUGAAAUUUAUGUGUUUUAAAGAAAUGAAUAUUGCAAAAUUGAAUAAUUGUUAAACUAAAAAAAUUAUUUCCCUGAUUACGCCAUUAAAUGUUACUGUGAAACACCUCUUAAAAAAAAUAAUAAAAAAAGUGUAUCACGAAAUUAAUAUCCAUGCAGCAAUUACCUGUUCAUUAUAAUUACCUCUCGUAAAAAAUAAUUGCAACAAAAUAUAGAGAAAAGAACUAAAAUAUUACACUCUUCGUAGUAGUAAUUUUUUUUUGUAUAAAGGAUUUAUAGGAAAACACCUUCUCUUAUGCGACAGAUAGCGUAAAAAUUAUUUAAAAAAAAACCAUUAACAUGAGCCUCAGUGGGAAAUUAUUGAGAAAUAUAAAUGUGAAUAGAGAGAAAUAAUUUACAAAACAAAAUAAAACACUCUCAGUAGUGUUGAAUUGCUUAAAAAAAACAAAAUUUAGAGACACUUUUAAUUGACUUUCACAAUUUUUUCUACAAUCCUAAAAGGAAUAACAAUAGAUUUAAAAAACGGAAAUAUUUUACAAUAUUGGUUGAUUCACAAAAAACACUCCGUUGCUGCGCAACGCCAUCUAUUGUGAAAACAAAUGACAGAUUGUGAAUCUAACCUAAAUAUUUUUCCUUCACUGAAAAAAGUCCACAGAAAUAUAGCAAAGAAUUAGCAAAUGAAGAAGAAAAACCAUAAUUAAAGUACAGCAACAAAAAAGGGUGUAAAAACCAAGUCAAUACUUUACUUAUAAUAAUUUUCACUAUAAUAUUUUUUGUAACAUGAAAAAAUAAAGCGAGAAAAUCUUUAUUAAAAAAAAGGAGAUAAUUAAAUGAAGUGAAAAAGAAAACAUUGUCACUGUACCUACAUUUGUAAAUUUAAUGUUAUUAAAUAAUUAUUCUUCUGAAUAUGAAUUAAACAACUGAAAGAAAAAUUAAAUGUAAUUCAGAUGAAGUAUACAGAAAGAAGUAAAAAAAAGCUGCAGAAUAUUCACAGGAUGAAAAAUAAACACAGAACUCUUUUUUUUAAAAAGAAAAGUAAAAAACAACAAAAAAAUCAACAAAUAACUAAAAUGAGUAAAUUAUAAAUAAAUAAAAAAAAAAUGAAGAAAUUGAAUGCAAAGUGUUUUGUCAAAUGAGAAAAAAAUGCUGAAUGGUGAAGCAAGAUAAAAAGUAAGGAAAAUAAUACAAAAAAAAAGAUAAAAUGAAAUCCUCUGUAAAUGUUUGUACAUAUUAAAAAUUAUAAUUAUCUAAUGUUAAUAACAAGCGACCAACUUAAAAAUUAAAACAAAAUGCUUUUUUAUUAUUU